UUGUUUGGAGUACACAUCAGCACCAGUUUCUGAGUGAUGGAGAUGGUUAAUGACACCAGUAACCCCCUGGUUCUUAACGGAAAUGUCUCCGUGGUUGAAAAGACGGUGUACGAGUUGUGCAGCCACAAACCCGAGAUCAUCCUCUUCUACCUGGGCAUGCAGUUUAUUAACAUGUUCAUGGGGAUCCCGGCCAACCUCAUGGUUCUGUGGCUGAUCCACCGCAACCGGAGCGACUCGUCGACGUCGGACAUCUUCAUCUGGCACCUGGCUGUGCUGGACACCUUCUUCUGCCUGAUCCCGCCGCUUGAGCUGGUCAACCUGCUGUACCUGACCGCCAGCAGCACCUGGUACGUGCUGCGCUUCUUCUACGGCAUCAAAGACUCGUCGCCGCUCUUCCUGGCGUGCAUCUGCAUGGACCGCUACAUGGCUGUGCGCCAUCCCAUCAUCUUCUCCAACCUGAAGGACCGGAGACAUCGUCCCGUGUGCGCCGGCGUCGUGUGGUUCAUUACGCUGGUGUAUGCCGCAUUGAAGUGCGUGGGCACCAUCCCCAAAUUCGAGAAAGUGUUCACAGUCAUGAUCCUGGCCACGUUUGCGUUCAUGCUCUUCUGCAACAUCUCCAUCCUGUUGGCGCUGAGCCAGUCAGGUCCAGGCAGGGACGACAUGCAUCCGGUCAAGAAAAGAGCUUUUAAGAUGGUGCUCAUCAUUUUAGCCAUCAUAGUCUUUAAUUACUUCCCUCCCGUAGCUCUCUUCCCAUUUCAGUCCUAUUUCGCUCCCGAUGUGUUUAAAUGUUAUAUCCAUUACAUAGCUUUCGGUUUCAUGGACAUCAGCAGCAGCAUUCAGCCCGUCCUGUACCUGUCCAAUAAGAAACCGCAAUGUCCAGCAUGGUGCUGUGAGUGCUGCAACACUAAAGACACUGAGACUGCAAAUACAACCGAGUCGUCCACGGUGCACACCACUAAUGGGUAG